UGUCACGAAGCCGCUGACACUGACAAAAUAAAUUAACAGAACCAGUGGGCUAUGUAUGAUGAAUAUUUAGCGAAUUAUUGCGGUUGUAAUCGCCCACAGUAAGAAUAAUGGCCAAAGAAAGGGGUAAGGAAAAAGAAAAAACAAAAUCUAAACAACAAAAUGAGGACGAGACUAAGAAAGACAUAAAACCUACGGUGUCUUACGACGAGGUGGUGCGAGGGAUCAUGGCCAAGGUAAAAGGUCAGAAAAAAGAAAAAACAAAAUCCAAUCUACUUGAGGAUAACUCAAAGAAAGACGUGAAACCGUCAGUGUCUGAUAGCGAGGUGUCGCAGCGCACCAGGAGGAGUAAUGUUAAGGAUGACGGUUUCUAUUCAUUCAAGAACAUGAUGAUGCGAAAUGUUAAAUCACAGCCAGAGGUGCAGAAAGGUAGGGUUUCUAAGAAGCCCAAGAAACGUGUAAAAAAGAGAUCAUAGCUGCUGUGAGGGUGCGUCCGCCGGUUCCUGAUUAAGGGAGCCAGUGGAUUCUCCGGAGAACAUUCUUACGUGGCAUUGUUAUGUCUAGUAUAUAUGUCAAUAAAUAUUUACCACAAUUUGAUACCAUCUUCAUACUCCAUUUAACCUACAAGUGGUAUAAAAUAUAUAGCUAUUAUAUUU